ACCACUCGAGCGCGCGCGCGGCCCACCGCUCCGCCGCUGCCCGCCCGCCGCCAUGCGAGGGAUCCUCUCCUCUUCCUCCGCUCUCCUCCGGCGAGCCGGCGCCCAGCUCUCGCGCACGGACUGCAGUAGCCCCUCAGCGUCCGCGACCUCUCCUCUCCGCCGCUCCCCUCUUCAGGUAUGAUGACCGCGUAUCUCGCUGCCGCUCCCUCGAUCGCGGGCUCGUGGCUUGUUGCCGUGUGCUAGGGACUGUAACUUCCUUUUGCAAUAGAGGAUUUUCAGUCGGACUGGUAAGUCCUCUUUGCUAGUUAAUGUUGUUAAACUGCCCUUGACCUUUGUUGGGUUAGAUUGGCUGAAACAGCUGAUAUCUGCAACGGUUUGACCAUGAGCGUACAAGUUCUGCUUUGCUGGCUCCUGCUCAUGUGCACAAGCUACUAAAACAUAGAAGAGUGAGAUUCGGAGAAAUAUGCAUUAUGGGCUGUAAUGCUGUACAAUAGUGCUAUUCCCACGUCAGCCUUUUCCCACUAGGGGAGAACUGUGGCUUUUGGUUUCAAAUGGUGUAUGUGCUGCUUUACUGUUUCGUUCUCACUGGCUUUAAUACCUUCAUAAGUGAAGUAUCGAGUUCACAAUGCCUACUUGCUCAUAUUUCAAGAGAUCUGCGCAAAUUGCUGAUAAUCUUUCUUCCCUGUGAUGUCAUUUGCUAGAAUGGGAAAAGAGACACAUUUUGUUCGCUUUGGUUCAAAGGUCGUUCGGUAUCAACCACAGGAAUCUGUACAAAUUUCCAGUUGAUAUGCAGUUAGACUAUGAGAGUGAUCCCCCUCUUGACGAUACAAAAGCUAUUGAGAAGGAGUCAUCACUUAAUGUUGCUGUUUCUCAACUCGCAAUUGACUUCGAUAGAGACUCUAAUUUAUGUUUGGAGCGAUUUUCCCGUGCAAGGAAAGCAUCUGUAGUCUCUACUGGUUCUCUUAAGCUUGACCUCGCUCUCGGCGUUGGAGGAUUACCGAAGGGUAGAAUGGUGGAGAUAUAUGGGAAAGAAGCAUCUGGGAAGACAACACUCGCGCUUCAUGUUAUUAAGGAAGCUCAAAAGAAUGGAGGUUAUUGUGCUUAUAUUGAUGCAGAAAAUGCCUUCAACCCUUCAUUUGCUGAAUCUAUUGGCGUAGACAGUGAAAGGCUCUUGAUAGCCCAACCUGAUUCUGCUGAAAAUUCUCUAAGCAUUGUAAACACUCUUGUUGGUGGUUCUGUUGCUGUUGUUGUUGUGGACAGUGUGGCAGCACUUAUUCCCAAAUGUGAAAUUGAAGGUGAAAUAUACACAAAUUGUGGAGACAUCCAAUCCCAUUUGAUGACUCGGGCCCUUAGAAAAAUUCAGUACACUUUAUGUCGAUCUGAAACACUUAUUAUUUUUGUGAAUCAGGUUAGAACAAAGAGGACAUCAAGUAAUCCUGGGAUCUACAAGGAGGUGCCUUGCGGUGGUAAUGCACUAGGAUUCUAUGCUGCAGUCAGAAUGAGGACUUCAAGGAGAGAACUGCGCUAUAGUGAAGAUGAGGCUACCGGCGUAGGUAUAUCAGUGCAGAUCAUCAAGAACAAAUUGGCUCCAGCGAACCUGAAGAAGGAAGCCGGCAUCGACAUCACAUUCGGUAAGGGGAUCUGCCACGAGUCGGAGAUCCUGGAGACGGCUUCCUCCGUCGGAGUGAUCCUGAAAGACGGGUGUGGGUAUUGGAUCAACAACGAGUUCCUGGCAGGCAAGGUGGAAGCGGAGAAGUUCCUGCGUGAAAACGCUGCAGUGGCAGAUGAGAUCUGCAAUACCGUGAGGAACGAGUUCUUGCAAAGGUGACAUAGGGCGACCGAUUAGAGAGGCUAAUGCAUUGUUAGUCGGAAAUGUUGUACCGUCAUGUAUUCAUAGAAGAAGAUUUAUGUAGGAUGUUGCUGUGCCUGUCGUGUAACUUUGACUCGCAACAGUUCAUUGAGUUUACCAGGGCCAUUCCCUCCCAGAUCAUAUCGUUA